CCAUCAGGGUGAUCACGUGUUUGACCCUUGCUUCGCGCCAAGCAGCUCAGCCUUAGCGUUAGGUGGGUCCGCCAGCCUGCUGCUCCAACGUCGUCAUCCGCCUGGAGCCGAGUUCGAGCCUCGCACCUCACCUCGCCCUGCCGUCGACGACUCGCCGCGGCAGACACGGAUUGUAGCGCAGCAUCCCCAGUGUCUGUCCGAAAGCGAUUCAGCACUAUAAUAGCCUUGCGGCUACCCAAGCUUUAGAGCAGGCCAUCCCUCUCAAUUCGAGCCAGACACGAUCCAUUCCCCGCCUCGGCGCGCAACCAGCGACCCCAGCACUGAAACCCGAACCACUACCAUGUCCGAAGACCGCCUCUGGAAAUUUCGAAGGCCAGAAUGGCUUAACAGCAUCUGGGCGCGAAACGCAGGCGUCUAUACCGCCGGCGGCCUGUUCUCCCUCGCCUUCUACGUCCUCCUCGACUCGGCCGUCUGGUCCAAGUCGGCGCUGAACGGCUCGACCGUGCACGUCACCUUCGUCGACUGGCUGCCCUUCAUCUUCAGCAGCCUGGGCAUGCUCAUCAUCAACAGCGUGGAGAAGUCGCGCCUGUCGGCCGACAGCUUCAGCUACUCCGGGUCCGGCGUCGCCUGGAAGGCCCGCGUCGUCCUGUUCCUCGGCUUCGCCGCCCUCGCCGGCGGCAUGGCCGGCGGCGUGACCGUGUUCGUGCUGCGCUUCGUCGUCCCCGGCGUGCCCUUCCCCGCCAUGACGAUGGGGGUUGAGAAUGUCGUCGCGAAUGCGCUGGUCGGGAUUAGCUCGGUUGUGCUCUGGGUCAGCCAGAAUAUGGAGGAUGAGUACUCGUAUAACCUUGCUCUGUGAGCCAGGUUGACCGAAGGGGGGUGGUGUGUUUUAGUUUUAAGGCUAAGGAGGCUUGGGUUGUUCGUGGCAGCGGGUAGGGUUUCACGGCGGGUUCCGCG